CGUGUUAGGAGGGCCUACGAAAGUGCAUUCUGACGCAGUUCUUCCGAUUCGUCAACCUAAAGGACCUGACAUAGCCAAAAACUUUGCCACUCGCAUUCGUCGAAAAGCUGUAAAUAAGCUAUACGCGGCCGCUGCUGAAAGACGAAGCAAAUCGGCUGCUGAUAGAAGAAAAUCUGCAAUGUUCUAG